AAUGUUUGACAAGAGCGUACUAUAAGAUUGGCGCAUCCUCGUCGAACGAUCCAUGCUUCGUUCAGCUCACUCACACUUGUAAACUACGCACACAUUCACUUUGAUUCAAUUCAAAGCCAUGGCAGCCACUCUUUCCGUCCGUCCCAACCCUCUUUCCGGCGGCGCAGCCUUUCCUACACUGCCAGCUCACCGUCUCGUUUCUACCUUCCUCGGAAAGUUUACUCCAUUGAAAGGCGUUAGCAUUUCACAAGUCUUUCAAACGCCGGCGAUGACGGCCACGCUGGUGCAAGCCGGCUCGAGAGCCGACGACUCUACGCCAUUCGAGAUGUCCGUGGACAACGCUCUCAAGGUUCUCGGAGUUUCUGAUGCGGCCUCGUUCGAUGAUAUUCUUCGUGCAAGGAAUUCGAUUCUGGCCGAUUGCAAGGACGAAGAAGAAACUGUGGCACAGAUUGAGGCUGCAUAUGACAUGUUACUAAUGCGAAGCUUGACUCAGCGGCGAGCGGGAAAAGUUGUGAGUAGCAGGAUACUUUAUGCUGAUGUCAAACACAUCAAGGAGUCAAAGACUCGCUUAAUGCCUCAGUGGCUCCAAUCUACACGGAAGAACACACAAUUGUCUAUUGAAACGCCAACUAUUAGUGAUUUUGGCAUACAAGCAGUUGUAUAUGGAGCUUUGAUGGUUUUAACUUAUGUAAAUGGAGCAGCCACAUCUACUAUGAUGAAAUAUGAUGGGGCUGAUGUUCCUGGACUAAUCUUAGCAAGUAGCUUUGGAGCUUCCUUGUACUUCAUGACCAAAAGAAACGUGAAGCUUGGAAAAGCAUCCAUCAUAGUCAUAGGUGGGCUUGUGGCAGGUGCAGUAGUUGGUUCAACAGUUGAGAAUUGGUUGCAAGUAGGAAUCGUUCCUUUCCUCGGCUUACAGUCUCCUUUCGCUGUGAUAAGUGAAUUUAUUCUCUUCUCUCAAUUUUUAGUCUCUCUUUACUUGAGUUAGGGAUGACAGAGGCACUGGAAUUAAAGCUAAAACUCUAUAACAAUGUAAAUUCAUUCACAUGUUCAUACAUUAGGUUUUUGAGAAUGUGUAUCGUUGCAUAACAUGCAUAUUGUACAGAGGGAUAACAGAUGACUCUUGUAAUUUACAACUUAUACAAUUCUUGACAUAGUUAUGAACAAUUUACUGUCCAAGAAGUGUUUAGAUGUCCAUGUCAACUCUUUGUGAGUUCUUGAAA